AUGGAUGCCUUACAUAAUUCAUCGAGUGAAAGUGAUCCAAAACAAGUUCUGACAUCCAAAGAAUGUGAACCAACCAAUUUUAGAAAUAACUCUCACUCUGUCAGAAUACUAGAAGAUUUGCAAUCUCUACGCCAAAAUGAAGUAUUAUGUGAUAUUAGAUUUGAAACAGACGAUGGAUGUACAACGUUUGGCCAUAAAAAUGUUUUAAUGGCAGCUAGUCCAUAUUUCCGUGCAAUGUUCAAAACGCGGAAAAUUGGAAAAACCGGCAACAACACCGUCAAUAUAAGAAAAUUAGAUUCUACUGUCUUACAACUAUUAUUAGAUUAUAUUUAUACGGGUGAAAUUAUCGUCACAAAAGAAAAUGUACAGGUCUUGUUACCAGCCGCAAGCCUCUUACAAUUAGAUUUUGUCGGAGGUGUUGAAGGUGAUGGUAGAGGUUUAUGUUUGAAAUCUGUGGAAUAUUAUGAUCCCGCACUUGACACAUGGACUUCAGUUGCAGAAUUGUCUGAACACCGUGAUAAAGUUAGUAUAGGAGUUUUGGACGGUCUUAUGUAUGCUAUUGGUGGCUAUCAUGGAAAAUAUCUUUAA